AUGGUGUUUAUGCCAGGUCUCGGUGGGGAUCCUGCAGCCAUGGCCCUUAACGCUGGUCUCUACAGCCAAAUCCCCCUCGGUGGGGCUGGCGGUCAACCCGUCCAAAACGAUGAAGCUCUAGCUUCCAUCCCGGGAGCGGAGAUGGUGAAGCGUCUGCUCGAUCAAUAUGGAAUCGACUCUUCCAUGCUUAUCACUGUCGGUAUGCUUCUCACCAUCUUCAAUUCGUUCACCGGUCUCUACACUUUUUUCCUCAGCAUGGUCUACCAGGCAAUGAAUUUCUUUGCUGCCUACUUCCUCUCCAAAGCCCACAUUCGGUCUAAUGAUGAAUCUUUCGAUUAUGUUAUGGAAUAUCUGUCCCGAAACGAGAUCUCUACGGAUUCUCGUCUGUUCCAUGUCAGCACCCAGCAAGAUACCAUCCCACGCAAGCACAAGGCCAUGUUCUACGACGGUGCCACAUUCAAGGGCAUCAACCGUCCGGACAGUGAAUACGUUCAAGCCGAUGAAUACGGUCCAAAGCUCAAGUUCAUCCCAGCAUCUGCGAAGAAACACUACUUUUUCUUUGAAAGGACUCUCUUCAUCAUCGAACGAACCAUCGAACAUACUCCAACCCAUAACAACAAUGGGGGUGCUCGUGCUGAUGAUGAAACUGUUGACAUCUGGACUGUUGGCCGAAACCCAGUCGCCCUCCGCCGGUUCCUCUCCCAUUGCCGUGUUCUUUUCAUGAAACAACAGCAAUACAAGACCGUUCUCCACACCUGCGAUACUUAUGAUAUGCGCUGGUCUGCAUCCCAAACCCGUCCAAUCCGUUCCCUUGACUCCGUUGUUAUGACCUUCAAGGACAAGAACCGUCUUCUUACCGACAUCGCUGAAUACUUGAGCCCAAAGACAAAGGCUUGGUACCAAGAACAAGGCCUUCCAUACCGUCGUGGAUAUCUCUUUUAUGGUCUCCCCGGAACCGGUAAAACAUCCUUGACCACUGCUAUCGCUGGUGCUUUCAAUUUGAAGCUUUUCAUUCUUUCCCUCGGUUCCCAGAACCUUCACGAUAACUACGUCCAAGAACUUUUCAUGUCACUUCCUCCCCGCGCCAUUGUCUUGUUGGAAGACGUAGACUCCGCAAAUGUCGACAGAGAUUACGGAUACGGCAUGAACCACGACGAAGAUAUCGAUUCCGAAGAUGACGAGGAAGUUGACAAAGCUCUAAACCGAGGCCAGAAUACCCGACGUCCAUCUAAUGUCUCCCUCUCCGGUCUUUUGAAUGCUAUUGACGGUGUUGGUUCCGCUGAAGGACGUGUUCUCAUCAUGACCACCAAUCGACGAGAAUCCUUGGAUGGCGCACUUAUCAGACCAGGCAGAGUUGACAUGGAAAUCGAAUUUGGCCGAGCCAAUCAUGAAGUUUUGGAACAGAUCUUUAUCCAAUUGUACUCCGGCAAGAAGCAAAACGUCUCAUCGCUCGCCCUUGAAGCUGAAAAGAAGAAGACUGAAAAAGAAAUCGCUGAAGAGGCCACCCACAAGCAGGAAAUCGAAGAAUUAGCUAAAGAGUUCGCUGCCAUGGUUCCUGAAGGUACUUUCACACCCGCUGAAGUUCAAAACUUCUUGUUGCCACGCAAGAGAGAUCCCAGGCUCGCUAUUAAGGAACUUCGAGAAUGGCUUGAUAUCCAACUCGACACCCUUAAGAAGUCCGAGGAGAAGGAGAAGAGAAAGCGCACCAAGUUCCUACAACGUCGCCAGAAAUGGUUGAAGCAGAGGAAGCAAUUGAAGAUGCCAGCAUUCGGUGACAGCGACGACGAGAGUGAAGACUAUGGCAACAGGAAGAAGAGACGCAGUAAGGAUUUCCUUGAAGGCAUUACUGAAGAGGAUGAAGAAAACAAGAAGGAAGAAGGCGAAGACGCCGAGAAGGAAAAUGGUGACGAUAAAACGGAAGCUAAAGAGGGCACAAUCUCUGAGGGCAAGGAGGCCGCUGUUCCGGAGAUUAAGACCGAAGCCGCGGACGAUAGCAAGAGCAAGAAGAGCGAAGAGGGAGACUGGUCGGACGUUGAGACUAGCAGGCCAGCAAGCCGACCAACCGAACCCUCAUCUUAA